AUGGAGAAAAUUGACACUUCGACCAAUUCCAAAAGGAUCCAAGAACCUUAUGACAAAGUGGUUCGCGGGGACCCCAGUGUGUCUUAUGUGGUUUAUCUGGUCGACAAGAACUCGACCUUGGAUCUCGCCGAGACGGGCGACGGCCCACUAGAAGAGUUUGUUGAAAACUUUUCCGACGGGCAGGUGCAGUUUGGUUUGGCCAGGGUCACUGUUCCUGGCUCGGACAUUUUGAAGAUUAUCUUGCUUGGCUGGUGUCCCGAUAACGCUCCAGCAAAGGCGAGAAUGUCGUUUGCCAAUAACUUGGCAAGUGUCUCCAAGAUAUUUAGCGGGUACCAUGUUCAAAUCACUGCGAGGGACCAAGACGAUUUGGACGUUGACGAGUUUUUGAGUAGAGUUGCUUCAGCAGCCGGCGCAAGAUACUCCGGUUCUGCUUCCGGUACAGCUGCAGCUGCAGCUAAGAAGCCAGUUGGUUCUGUCUCCAGGCCCAUUGUAUCCAGGCCCAUGCCCACUACUAAAAAGAUCGAAUUUGCUCCCAAAUCGACCGGUAAACCACUCAAUGUUGUUUCCUUGGCAAACGACGGCUGGGGCGACGCCGAAGACGUUGAGGAAAGAGAUCUCGAGAAAAACCCUUUGCAAAACACCGAGUCGGCCUACAAGCCCACCAAGGUCAAUAUCGACGAAUUGAGGAAGCAAAAAUCCGACACCAUCAGCUCGACCCCUAAACCUAAAACGUCGUCACCUCCUCAAAACGCGGAGAAAGAUGAGCCGGCGGUUUCUAAACCUUUGGGCGAGCGUAUAAAGGCCUAUGGCAGUCACAAUGACGGAAGAUUGACCUCGUUGCCAAAGCCAAAAGUUGGCAACGUGGCCGACAAGUACAGGGCCAACACGGAACAGGCGAAAACCGCAGCAUUUGGCGCCAAGCCGGCGUUUGGGUCCAAUAACGACGCCAAGGCAAAUAGACUUAUCGGCGGGUUAUCUAGAAACUUUGGCGCCGAUAAUGGAAAGACACCGGCUCAAAUCUGGGCGGAAAAAAGAGGAAAGUACAAAACGGUGGACGCUGGCGAUUCAAAUGACGAGCCUUCGCAUGCUGCACCAUCUCACCCAUCACAUGCUUCGGAACUAGCAGCCAGAUUUGAAAAGAAUGCCAAGAUUGCCGAUGAAGAAGGGGAACAGGAACAGGAACAGGAACAUGAAGAAGAAGAGGAGGAGGAACCUCGGCCCAAACCUGUGAGCUUGCCAGCCAGAAACUUGCCACCUCCUCCCGCGGCAAGAGGCGGCAGAGCACCAGUCGGUUUUGACGAUGAAGAUGAGGAGGAAGAAGAAGAAGAAGAGGCAAGCGCACCCAUAUUGCCUUCAAGAAACGGAGCACCCGUGAAAGCCAAAGCUGAAGACGAGGCGCCAUCUUUGCCUUCGAGACAUGACGGACCUCCAGCUCCGUCAUUACCUGCAAGAAACUUGCCCCCAACACUUUCAAACCAGGGCUUUGAAGACGAUGACGAAGAAGAGGAGGAGGAAGAAGAAAAACCAGCCGCGUUACCAGCAAGACCACUUCCGGCUAGACAAGCUGUCCCUGUCCCUGAACCUGAACCUGAAGAUGAACCUGAACCAGUUGCAGAACCACAAGAGGAGACUUUAGCAUCAUCGGCAGGCCGUCCCGUGACUGCUACUGCAGAAUACGACUACGAAAAGGACGAAGACAACGAAAUCGGCUUUAAAGAAGGUGAUCUUAUCGUUGAGAUCGACUUUGUUGAUGAAGACUGGUGGUCCGGAAAGCAUGAGAAAACCGGUGCUGUUGGUUUGUUCCCGGCCAAUUACGUUGUCUUGAACCAAUAA